UAUGCCUUGGGGUCGCACCUUGUGGCCGUUAUUGGCGCCCUCUGCUCUUGAUUUUUGGUACUUCCUGGAGCAACUUGGUGCUCUACUUGCUGUAGGGCUUUGGGUGAUGGGAGAAGAGCGGGAGGGCAGUUUUCUAACCGUAUAAGAGGAGAUACAUCCCCUUUUGGGGUUCAUCAAGAUGAGUAAGUCCUCAGGCGGCUACACGUACACGGAAACCUCAGUAUUAUUUUUCCAUUUCAAGGUCUCAAAAGAUUCAAAGUCCAAGAUGGCAACCCUCAAGGACCAGCUGAUUGUGAAUCUUCUUAAGGAAGAACAGGCUCCCCAGAACAAGAUUACAGUUGUUGGGGUUGGUGCUGUUGGCAUGGCUUGUGCCAUCAGUAUCUUAAUGAAGGACUUGGCGGAUGAGCUUGCCCUUGUUGACGUCAUGGAAGACAAACUCAAGGGCGAGAUGAUGGAUCUCCAGCAUGGCAGCCUCUUCCUUAAAACACCAAAAAUUGUCUCCAGCAAAGACUAUUGUGUAACUGCGAACUCCAAGCUGGUCAUCAUCACCGCGGGGGCCCGUCAGCAAGAGGGGGAGAGCCGACUCAACCUGGUCCAGCGAAACGUGAACAUCUUCAAGUUUAUCAUUCCCAACAUUGUCAAGUACAGUCCACACUGCAAGCUGCUGAUCGUCUCCAAUCAAAACCGAGUUAUUGGAAGUGGUUGCAAUCUGGAUUCAGCUCGGUUCCGUUACCUGAUGGGAGAAAGGCUGGGGGUUCACGCCAUGAGCUGUCACGGCUGGGUCCUGGGAGAGCAUGGUGACUCCAGUGUGCCUGUGUGGAGUGGUGUGAAUGUUGCCGGCGUCUCCCUGAAGUCUCUGAACCCAGAACUGGGCACUGACGCAGACAAGGAGCAGUGGAAGGAGGUUCACAAGCAGGUGGUGGACAGUGCCUACGAGGUGAUCAAGCUGAAAGGUUAUACAUCCUGGGCCAUUGGCCUCUCUGUGGCAGACUUGGCCGAGAGCAUAAUGAAGAACCUUAGGCGGGUGCAUCCCAUUUCCACCAUGAUUAAGGGUCUCUAUGGAAUCAAUGAUGAUGUCUUCCUCAGUGUCCCAUGUAUCCUGGGACAAAAUGGAAUCUCGGAUGUUGUGAAGGUGACACUGACUCCCGAGGAAGAGGCCCGCCUGAAGAAGAGUGCAGACACCCUCUGGGGAAUCCAGAAGGAGCUGCAGUUCUAAAGUCUUCCCAGUGUCCUAGCACUUCACUGUCCAGGCUGCAGCAGGGAUUCUAGGCAGACCAUACCCCUCUCGUCUGAGCUGUGGUUAGUUCAGCGGUGUUGAGGUGGUGUGGGGAAACAUCUCACUCCUCACAGCUCUGCCCUGCUGCCAAGUGGUACUUGUGUAGUGGUGACCUGGUUAGUGUGACAGUCCCACUGUCUCCGAGACACACUGCCAACUGUGCAGGCUUCGAUUACCCUGUGAGCCUGCUGCAUUGCUGCCCUGCGCACCCUCACCAAACAUGCCUAGGCCAACGAGUUCCCAGUUAGU